AUGCGACACACGCCUACCUUCUUGCCGACAGGUGGAGCAGCAGGGGCGGCAGCAGCCACUGCGAUGCGAGAGGCCCCCCGCGGCCAGAUAACGUCUUCACGAGCCACGCAGCCGUCCGCCGAGCGCUACUCCGCAGCGACCGGCCUUCGCCCACAACGUGGCGACGCCCGCGGAGCUCGGCGCGCCGGCAGCCCCACCGUCCCCCCUGGAUCCCCCGUGGCUGUGCCCACAGAGGGCCGCGCUCCACCAGCACCAGCCGCAGCGGCAGCGGCAGCAGUCUCCGCCUCAGGUGGUGGUCGGCAGCAGCAAGCGCAGCGCCGCCACGCCGACGCCGACGCCCCCGCCGACGCUGCCUGCCGGUAG